AUGCGCCUUUCCAGACGUGUUCAACUGAACCCUGAAGUUAUUGAUUCGAGUCUUCAGCGACUCAAUUGUGUCUCGCAGGAUAUUGUGGAAGUUGAUAUUCACCCUACUGUAUUGUCGCUUCUCACAACCGUCGCGCCUGACGAAGUGCGCCGGGCUGUGGCUGAACUGCCGCCGCACAGUACAUUCAAUAAUGGAAGAAGAGAAGAAGAGCAGGUAGACUUCAGCGGGGCUGGAAUUAACACGGCAGUGGCAUUCUCUCUUCACACAGUGCUGCUUUCCCGCAAUCGACUCACAAAAACUUUGGGUAUUGUGCAGUUUAAAAAUACAGUACGUCUCUCAUUAUUGGGGAAUAGAUUGCAGCGGAUUGAAGACUGUGAAGCUCUCUCACUUUUACCAUCACUUCAGUAUCUUUCACUAGAGUUUAAUCCGGUAACAUCUUUACCUCAUUACCGUGCUCAUAUAUUACGUAUUUGUUCAUGGCCUGAUAGUCUUCAGCCUAAAAGUUGUCGACUGAAAAAAUUAGAUACAAGAUCUGUACUUCCUGUUGAGGUGGAGAGAGCCGCCCAGUGUCUUCAACGAGAAAAGGUAACUAUGGGGGAACUUGUUAAUCGUAUGCGUUUUUUAUCUUUAUUAAUUGAAGCAGAGAAACGAAUCGCACUACAUAAUGAAAUUCGUCGUAGAGGUUUUAUUAUUCAAGAUACUCUUCUUCAAUUAACUGUUGAAAAUGUCGUCACACGAUGUUCAACUCAAUUGUUGGCUCUUGUAGAUGUAAGUGCGGCAUCACAUUUGGUACGUCGCCUUAUGAGUGGUAAAUGUCGUUUGUGUAGUAUUAGUGAUGAGAAUUCUAUGAUAAAUGAUGAAAAUAUGUAUGAUAAUAUUAUGGAUGAUACCCAUACAGAGACAGAAACAUCACAGUUAGCCUCUACAUUAAGUCUCUCACUCUCUCGUCCUUAUACAGCAACUCUUAAUAACCCUAAGAAGGCAACCAUUGCGGCUUUUUGUAAAGAUUGGUCAAGAGAUGUUUUUCGUCGUGCUAUGACUUCACUCGAUCAUCGCAUAUGUGAACUCCUUCUUAGCAUUGCACACUCACUGGGUGAGGAGCUUACAGUAAUGGAUGUGGAUCGCUUGAACAAACUUUGGUUUACCCAAGUCGCCAAGGUUGAUAGCUGCAAGUUUUAUGAGCAAGAUAAGUAUAAAAAAUCUACUAGCAAAAUUGAAAAACUUUUUUUCUCUCCAACUAAGAUUGAAACACCAUCUCAGAAAAUCAACAAGGUGAGCAAGAUAGAGAAGAAGGAAGAAGAAGAGGAGGAGGAGGAAGAAGCCCGAGAUGAAGACAUGAUGAUGGUGCAUAUUGAAGUAGACUCCAGUCAUCAAAACUUAAAUGGUAUGCGGGUAGAGAGUGAAACUGAUAUUGAUGUUAUAUCAUUGCGUAAUGUUUCCCCAAUUUCUCAGCGUGUGGUAUCAGAUCAAAGAAAUCUCGUUCCGAUAAAAGAAUUACAUGAAUUUGCUUCUGCUGCAUUGGAAGAGGAUUAUAUUUCUCAUAAUAAUCAUCAUCAAGUAAAAAAUAAUAGUUUUAUGCCGUUGAAACUUGAAGAAGUAGAAGAGCGAAACAGUGAUAGAGCAUCUCUCUUUUUACCUCGGGAAGCUCCUGUACCUUUUCCUCCUCCUCCUCCUCCUCCUAUAAAGAAAAAGAUAUCGGAACAAGAGCAGAUUAAUUUACUUAAUCAUCAUAUAAAACAGCGUAUCUUUCUUAAAUGGAAAUCAUUGUUAUGGAAAAAGCAACAGGAGAAUCUGUGUACAAAAUUCAUUCAACAGCGUCUUGAAAAUCUUCUUUUGUAUUCAUUCCCUACCUCACAUGCUAUUUCCAGUAUGAUGCAAAUGCUUCCUCGGAUCGAGAAAAAACGAGUGAUAUUUCGCUUCUGGUAUGAGCAAGCAAGAUUAUCGUAUGCCCCUAGAUCUUUCCGUCUAGGACAGUUACUUAUGCGCUGGCGCUGGCGUACAUAUGAAAAGCAAAAUAUUAACCUUCUUACUAUAAAUAGACGUGCAAGAACUCUUAAAAAUGUCUGGAAGCGUUGGUGUGAGGCACUUCAGAAUCGUACUGCACAUACGAAUUGUGAUUCAAUAAUAAAUCAUACAAACAUCAUAGAAAAAAAUACCAAUAGUGUACCACAGUAUUCAUUGCUUUUGCAUAGUGGUUGUGUUGGAAACCCAUCAUUGUCUGGUAAAAUUCUUUCUAAAGAAACACGAGUAUCGUUUGAAGAAUGGUCAGAGUCUAAGGGUGCAACAGAUGUAACCCAAGGUCUCACAUGUAGUACGAAACCUUCUGCAGAGGCUGUGGGCGAGAUAAGGAUUCUUCAACAAGUGGAACAAACACCUGGUGUUGCUGCUUGUUUAUCUUUACCGAUGGUGACACCUAUAGCGGAGACAUCUCCUCCCAUACGAAUGCCUUUGUUAUGUGAGAAGGCAACCCAAACAAUGGCGUUACCAUCUUAUGAUGAUCUCGCCGCAGAAUACAAGGCUGCUAUUCUUGCUGAAGCAGAUGAAGCCGUUGCGGCAAUACAGGCGGAUCGUUUACGUUUGGUAGACAGAGUUAUCACAUUGGAACAGCGAGUAAAUGAAGAAUGUGUACGUGUGAAGCACCGAGAAGAAGAGAUUGAGAAUCUUAAAGAAAAACUUGCCGCCAUGACAAUACGCGAGGAAUGUAUGAAGUCUGGUCUUGAAGACUACAAUCGAGAAAUUGAACAUCUUAGAGCUGUCGUACAGGCUUUACGAGAAGAAAGGAGGGAAUUACUUAGACCUCUUGUGAGAUAA